AGUGCAGGAAGCUUGCUAGUCAUUGUACUCGCAACGCUUGGUACCCACGUUGUUCUUACAGCUAGUUGAUGCAAAAACACACCAUAAAACUCACCUUGAAAUGAAUGAAAGCUUUUCUGUUUAAAAUAUCUUCUGGUUUUUACCUGGGCCACAGACGCUGAAAGUCGCCGUCCAGCAGACAGUCCAAAGGCAGACAACACACAGACCCGCACACACCGCUGACCAGAGACUGUGUUCCUCCGCCGAGUUCCGGAGCAACCAACACGCUGCUGCUGCUGCUGCUGCUGCGCGGAUCAUGGGCGCUCCUGCUGCUCUGAUGCCGCCGUCAAGGAGUGACGUUGCUGCUGCUUCUGGCUCCGACCAGCUCCGCGCAGUGCCAGAGACACUGACGUCGCGGUACCACACUGCUCAUACACUGACUCUUUGUGUGCUUUAAGAGGAUCGACACGUGCCAUCUCGUACGCAGUGAAGUUGUAGUCUACUGAAAAUCACUUUCACUCACAUUUUCCUCUUCAGGUGACUGCUCGUAGGCAGAUACUUUUGGCUGGUUUAUAUGCCCAAAUUCCCUCCAUACUGAUUAGAGUAAGCUAAAGUCUUCAACACAGGUUAAAAUAAGCGAAGUUUAAACAAACACUUGUUACUCCUACUCUCUGCUGGGCUCAGUCCUGCUGCAGAACAGGAGGAUCACAUAUUACACUGGUGUUAAAGCAGAGCAAGUAGACACACACAGGAAGAGACAAGGGGAAACAUGGUUUUUAUGACUCUGCUCUGUCUGCUCCUACUGCGGCCUGGAUCUGCUGCUCUAAUGACUUCUCCAUUGGACAAGCCUUUUCAUCACUCCUCCAGUCAAAGAGACAUAGUUUCCGCUUCUGGUUCUUCUCUUGACGCCUCAGAGAUUACACGGCUGCGUCGAUCUGCUUCCAUGCCUGAUAUCACACAUCUGGAGCUGCUGGUGGUGGUCGGGCCUGAUGUCCAGCAGCUCCACAAGCAGGACACAGAACGAUACAUCCUGACAAACCUUAACAUUGCCUCAGAGCUGCUGAGAGACAUGACCCUGGGUGCCAACAUGAGGGUGCACCUGGUCCGCAUGAUUAUCCUGACAGAGCCAGAGCCAGAGAUCCAAAUGUCCACCAACAUUACGUCGUCACUCAGAAGUGUGUGUGACUGGGGCAGAAGAAUAAACCCCUCAAACGACACAGACCCUCUACACGCUGAUCUUCUUUUAUACAUUACACGGUAUGACCUGGUGUUGCCAGAUGGGAACAACCAGGUAAGGGGUGUAGCUCAGCUUGGUGGGGCUUGUUCCAGUGGCUGGAGUUGUGUGAUCACAGAGGACACAGGCUUUGACCUGGGAAUCACCAUCACUCAUGAAAUUGGGCACAGCUUAGGAAUCAACCAUGAUGGAGUGGGAAACACCUGCAGCAGGAGCGGUUUCAUGAUGGCCUCUGAUGGAGGCUACAACAGUGUGGAUCUGACCUGGUCACCAUGCAGCAGACAGCAGCUGUUCACAUUCUUCAGUGAAGGGAAAGCUGAGUGUGUAAAGGACCUGCCUGAACUGGGAGGCUCUCUACAGGACUGGAAACCUGGACUUUAUUAUGGAGUGGAUGACCAGUGUCGAAUAGCUUUUGGAAACACUGCAAGAGCAUGCUCUUUCACCAACCCAGACCUACCAGCUUGCCGUGCUCUGUCUUGUCACACUAACCCUGAUGAUGACAGCUCCUGCAAACGCCUCCUGGUCCCGCUGCUGGAUGGGACAGAGUGUGCACCUAAUCAGUGGUGUCUGAGGGGGCGUUGUGUGUCCUUGGAUGAGCUCAGCUCCUCUGUGGUGGUGCACGGCUCCUGGUCCAGCUGGUCGGAGCUCACCCCUUGCUCACGGACAUGUGGCGGAGGGGUCACUCAUCGCACACGGAAGUGCAAUAACCCAAGACCUGCUUUUGGAGGGGGUGACUGUGAGGGGCCGGAUAUUAAGGCUGGACUUUGUCACCAGCAGCCAUGUGAGCGCACUCAGUUGGAUUUCAUGGCAGAGCAGUGUUCCCAUACAGACUACCACCCUCUCUACCUGCAACCAAACACUGCCUCCUUCUACACCUGGAUCCCUGCUGUAGGCUUUGCAAAAGGGGAUGAGCAGUGCAGAUACAUGUGCCAGUCUGAAGGCGACAACUUCAUAGUGAGCCGAGGGUCUCAGUUUGUGGACGGGACUCGCUGUGAGUCCGACAGCCCUCCUCCGUUUGGCUCCACAGCUGCUUGUCUGAGAGGGAAAUGCCAGCUGUUUGGCUGUGAUGGUGUGAUGAACUCUGGGAAAGUGAGGGAUGUGUGUGGAAUGUGUGGUGGAGAUGGAUCAUCCUGCACUUUGACCUCUGACUCCUACAAUGCUGGUCAGGCCAGAGAGUACACCACCUUCCUCUCCCUGCCAGCGAAUGCCACACAGAUUCAUAUUAUCAACAUGGCCCCGCUCUUCACACACAUGGCUGUUACAGUUGGGGAUGGGUACAUUUUGUCUGGGAGAGGCAGCAUGGCACUGAAUAUGACCCACCCGUCCCCGCUGGAUGACAACCACCUGGAGUAUCGCCUCCACCUGACCCCUGACCUUUUGCCUGAGAUGGAGGAGCUGCUGCUGCCCGGGCCGCUGCAGGAGGAGAUAAACGUACAGGUAUACCGCAAGUAUGGGAAAGAAUAUGGUGACAAAACAAAUCCUGACAUCAGCUACCAGUUCUACACACUUAACAGAGAGAGUGACUCGACAGACAACACACCUAAAGGCAAAUGGGCUCUAAUCACAACGUCCUGCUCAGUCUCCUGUGGACCAGGUGUGCAGAAGCAUGCAUACAUCUGUGUGACUGAAGACACAAACAAUCAUGUGGAAGAGCACAACUGUGAAACCCCUCCUCCACCCACACCACCUCACACAACCUGUCAGCUCUCACCCUGUCCCCCCAGGUGGGAAACUGGGAUGUUUGGACCCUGCAGCGCCUCCUGUGGUGGAGGAAAGCGAGUGCGUCCUGUGAGAUGUGUUCAGAAACACAGAGCUGAUGUGCUAAAGGUUCCUGAUUCUGAAUGUGGGACUGAUGAUGUGCCAAAUGCUGUUGAAGAAUGUAACCUGCAACACUGCCCUGCCAGAUGGCAUGUAUCAGAGCCAGGCGAGUGUUCAGCGGUGUGCGGGCCAGGAGAGGCGAAACGCGUUGUCACAUGUGUGCGUCCAGAAGACGGCCAGGAUGUUGAAGUGGAUCAAAGCUUUUGUUCAAAGGAGAUCAAACCGUCUGAUUCUGUGCCCUGUGUGGUGGACGUUUGCCCUAUUGGGUGGGAAUCAACAGGAGGGGAUCAGCCUGCACUGAAGUCUGGUUUGCUGCCACGCUCCACACAGACUCCUGUGUAUGUGUGGAGUCCUGUGAUUAGCCAGUGCUCAAAAACCUGUGGUAACGGAACCCUGCAGGUGUGGUUUUCCUGUGUGGAGCAUCAGACCAGACUGGGGGUCUCUGACUUUAACUGUGAUGCUUCCUCCAAACCUUCUCCUUAUUCUGAGGCAUGCAAUCCACCCCCCUGCCCUCCAAUGUGGCGCUCUAAGCAAGGAGUCUGCAGUGUAACGUGUGGAGGAGGGGUGGCUAACAGGGUGCUGUACUGUGCUGUAGAAACAGAGGAGGAGGAGGUGGUGGUGGAGGAUUCAGAGUGCAGUGACUUUCCCAAACCUGCAGCAGUGGUUUCAUGUAACACACACAGCUGCCCAGCAAGGUGGAAGGUAUUCACGACUUCACCCUGCUCAGUGUCUUGUGAUCUGGGUGUAGCCCAGAGGACUGUGGCAUGUGUCCAGUUCCUCCUGGGUAAAGAGAGUGUAGUGCCGGAGGAGAACUGCCACGCAGCUGUCAAACCAGCCACCACAGUGCCCUGCCUGGUACAGGUCUGCACCUUUAGGUGGGAGGUGAAGCCAUGGAGCCAGUGUUCAGUACCCUGUGGUUAUGGGAUCCAGUCCAGAGCUGUGUCCUGUAUGGGUCCCUCCAACCCUGAGCCCAUCAGCCCUCUGUUCUGCAUGCACAUGCCCAAGCCCAUCACCAUCCAGGGCUGCUACAUGAUGGACAGCUGUGGAAACACAUCUCCCACUUCAGUUGUCCCCACUGCAGACUUAACUGAGAAGGGAAAACUUCCUCCAAGCCCAACAGAGACUAUCACCACCCCACAGACCACUGCAGCAACCACCCCAACCCCCAGAAGAAGUGCAUGUGGACAGCUGCUCGUGGAAGAAUCAGGCAUGGUGGACUUGAGAAAUGUAAGCGGCCGCUGCACUGUAUCCAUCGGCCGACCCCUGGAUGAAGUCAUACAUGUUAAAGUGGAAUCUGGUUCCUUGAACUGCAGGACAAAGGAGACUGUUGCAUUCUUUGACCGCCUGGCAUUUGUGAAGAAGUGCGAGCAGAUAGCAGGCAGUGAACUGACCACCAGAACCAACUUUCUGCUUGUGCGUCAAAGUUCGCUCACCCCUGGGAGUGGGGUUGUGUUCACGUACACCUCACAGAAAAACACAAAGAAGAGCCACCAUCAGGAUUGUGACAUUCAGCUGUUUUCCCCAAUCGGUGUUUUUGAGAACCCGACAACAUCCAGCACGAACCACACCUGUCGGGUCCUCAUCAACGCCCCUCCCGCAGUGAAGAUCAGAAUCCAAGCUCUGCAUAUAGGAUUAGUAUUCAACUCCACCAACUCCCAGUCUACAUUCAUAAUGAUCCGGGACAUGGAUAUGUUGAAGACAAAUGUGUUUAAAGGCCAGCAGCUGUUUCAGUGGCACUCCUCUGGAAACAUGGCUGAGAUUGAGUUUCAUGGAGACUACCUGCAUUCCAAAGGGAGCUUCAGAGCUGAAUAUUCUUUUGUGCAUCUUUGAUACUCACUGAUAACUGUUUUAAGGAUACAAUAAUAUUCUACAUUUCUUUAGUUUGCAGUUAUUUAGUUUUUGCUAAAGCCUUUAAAAUUCAGCGAGAUCCUAUUUUUGUUCCAAUGAGCUAAUUAUUUUAAUCUGAAAUAAAUAAAAAAACAACCCCAAGCACUCAAAAUCUUUAAAUCAAACAGGACAGAAUCCUUCUGAGGACUAGACAUGGAAAUGGCACUGUAUGAACAAAGAAAUAAAUACUACCAUUACAAUCA